AUGUCUACUGGCCCUCCGCCGUCACAGCUUUGCCUGCUGUCGACAUUGCCGCUGAAACAAGUGGGCGAUAAAGUGAGAUUCUUAGCCUGCGUGUCGUCUUACUCUCCUGUCCAUGCCAUCCUGACUUUGGAACAUCGUCUAUCGGGCGAUGCCUGCUCAGUACUGGCUCUGGUGGAUGUGAACCUCAUCCUGGAACGUAUCGGAGCAAACCAGACGCGCACCGGGGAGUGGGUCAACGUGAUCGGGUACAUCACGGACAUCGCUCCCAUGAAUGACGGCAAACGAGCAAAGGGCGGGAACUCAAAGAUCCAGGUCCAAGCCCUCCUUCUCUGGUCUGCUGGGCCGCUUGAUGUGCAGAAGUACACAGCAUCAGUCCGGGCUCUGGAAUGCUGA